CCAGCCCACCUAUCCGCUAGGAGGAGAGGAGAGGCUGUUGAGGAGCAACAAAACAAUAAACAGCUACUACUACAAACCACAUCAGCGGAGUUCACGAUACAGAGGAGUACCAACAAAUAAUUCAGACAACGCCUCGGAGUGAAGUGACAACCAUGUAUCUGAACAGGGAAGAGCACAACAGCAAAGGCUCAGUGUCCCUCAGUGUGUUCCUGGUCUCCCUCGCAGUGACAGUGUGUACUGUUUGGCUGGUGGCUCUUUGUGGCGUCUGUGGUUGGUGUCAACGCAAGCUGGGCAAGAGGAAUAAGCCAGGAGUGGAGACAGCAGACACUCCAGACUCGGCACGUGGGCGAGGGGAGAAGAAAGCCAUCAAUGAUCUAGACAGAGACUUUUGGAAUAACAAUGACAGCAGCACAGUGCAGCAGAGGUGGAGCUCCUAUCCGCCCAAGGAGUUCGUACUAAACAUUUCUCCCUAUGCCCCAUAUGGAGAUCCACGCCUCACACUCAAUGGGGCAGUGUCAGGGGGUCAGAAGGGGGCAGCAACUGGGCAUGGGGAUGAUGGGGGGGGUCCUUAUUGCAGUGACAGCGUGAAGAGCAUGGUGUCAGAGGGUGUGAAGGCCGGGAGGUGGCAGACCGUCCAGGGCCACAUGCAGUCUGGAGGAUUGAGACCCAGCGACUUUGGGGAUCCGGUCUUAUCGUACGCGUCCACUUUGGAGCACAUCCCCACCCGGCCCCGGACGCUGCUCCGCCAGCAGAGUCUCCAGCAGCCUCUCAUCCACCCGCCGGGCCCUCUCCUCGGCAACCCCCCCACAACAUCCCAGAGUUUGGGACAGUUACACACAGCACCUGGUCAGCCUGGGGGAGGCGGGGGUGCUGGGAGAGGAGAGGGAGGUGGUGAGGGUGGGGGUGCAGGUACAAGAGGCGGUCCCAGAGGUGCUCGGGGCAGCCCAUCAGGAGCGGGGGCCUCUCGCUGUAGGGGAGGUGGAGCAAGAGGGCGCUCACAAGCGAAUCCUGGCAGCUGGGAUUACACGAUGGACCAGAUGAAAAAUCGUGGCCUGGACGUCAAAUCCUUCCUUGAAGGGAAGCUGGUGGUCCUGGCUUUGGCCAUUGGUGUGGCCGAGCAAGAUGACUUUGCCAAUAUCCCUGACCUGCAGGAAACAGCGCAGGCACAACCACCAGCCAAUCAGGAGCCCCCUCCUGAGAAGAGGGGCAACAAGCCAGUUAACAGCCCCAAGGGCCGACCCCCCGACGGCCAGUCCGUGACUGACCUGGCCAACUCACUCACUGGAGAUAUGGUGAUGCUGUCUCCAGGUUCAGAGGAUGAUGAUGGUGAAGGGCCCAUCAGUGAGAAGCUGGGCCGGAUCCAGUUCAGCAUAGGCUACAGUUUCCAGAACACGACCCUCACCGUCAAAGUUCUCCGGGGCCAGGAGCUCCCCGCAAAGGACUUCUCCGGCACCUCCGAUCCCUUCGUCAAAAUCUACCUGCUGCCCGACAAAAAGCACAAGCUGGAGACCAAGGUCAAAAGGAAGAACCUCAACCCGAACUGGAACGAAACCUUCUUGUUUGAGGGCUUCCCUUACGAGAAAGUGAGAGAGCGAACUCUGUACCUCCAGGUGAUGGACCAUGACCGCUUCAGCAGGAAUGACCCCAUCGGAGAGGUGUCAAUCCCCCUCAACAAGGUGGAGCUGGGCCAGAUAAAGACCUUCUGGAAGGAGCUGAAGCCCUGCAGUGAUGGCAGUGGGAGACGGGGAGAUCUGCUUUUGUCUCUCUGCUAUAAUCCCACUGCCAACAUCAUCACUGUGAACAUCAUCAAAGCGCGCAAUCUCAAAGCCAUGGAUAUCGGGGGCACCUCAGAUCCAUACGUCAAGGUGUGGCUGAUGCACAAGGACAAGCGUGUAGAGAAGAAGAAGACGGUGACCAUGAAGCGCUGUCUGAACCCCAUCUUCAACGAGUCCUUCCCCUUUGAAGUGGCCGCCCACGUACUGAGGGAGACCACCAUCAUCAUCACCGUCAUGGACAAGGACAGACUCAGCCGCAACGACGUUAUCGGAAAGAUCUACCUAUCGUGGAAGAGUGGACCCGGGGAGGUGAAGCACUGGAAAGACAUGCUCGCUCGGCCGCGUACUAACGUCGCCCAGUGGCACGCUCUCAAGUCCUGAUCGCACCGCCCAGCUUCGUCCACGGCCCCUCUCCGUCUCCCAC